UCUGGCCUCCCAGCUGUUGGAAAACCGGGCCGAGCCGCCUGGGUCCUCCCGAAGAGAAGACACCAAGAAGGCGUGCCCGAGUUCAGGGCGCUGCCCGGCUAAUUGGCUGCGCGCUCCUCCCGGACCUGCCCCUUCUCGACUUUAAGAAGCCCUGAGAGAGGUCACCAAUGGGCCUUGGCAACUUCUUCCUAAUUCGAGGUGCUCGCGGACACGUUCUGUGGCUUGCCGCGCGCGCUAAGUGUAUCACAAACACACGGACAAACGCGUCCUCACUGGCCUCCAAGGAGGUGACAACUUCUGAGCGCGUUUCCGGUGCCCCUUCUUCACGAGGAGCUAGAAGGGGCGGGGGACACGCCUCCAUGCUCGGCUUUCCUAUCCCGACGGGAGCCCUUGGGCCCAUCUGCACUGUCACGGCUCCUCUCCGACUCGGAGCCUCCGGCCGGUCGCCUGCUCUGCCCGGGAAAGCGCGCUAGGCGGCCUCGGGCUCGGUGGCCCAGCUGCAGCGUUGGGAAGUUAAAAAUAACCUCCGCGGGAGAGCGGAGGUGGAAGAAAGAGGGAAGCCCGCGAGCGGCGGGCGAGACGCCCCGGCAUGAAGGAGGCGCCCCGGGUGGCGUUCGGGCCUCAAAUUCCGGGUGGGCUGGGGCCGGGGCGCUGCAACUCGGCGCGGGCAGCACCCGGGGCGGCGAGGUCGCGGCGUCGAGGUGAAGCCAAGGGUCCCCAAGGAGAGCGGAACCGCGCGCGCCCGGCGUUCGCUCCCACACGAGUUCGCGUGGAGCCCGCGCCUCUGCUUGCGCUGCGCGGUCACUUUCGCGCGCCCCAGACGCUGUCCUCGCGGCCGGGCCCGGACUCCCUGCCUCCUUGCCUGUCGCCGCAGCUCAGCCUGCAAGGCCGCGGCGCCGCCUUCUCGCCAAACAGACGCUUAGGAUGCCUAGGACGAGCGGCGGGGGCGCGCGACCACGUCGUGUGACCCGGGCGGGAGCCCGCGCGUGGCACGGCUGCGGGCGCGGGCCGUGCCGGAGGCGGCGCUCUGAGGCCGGGGGCGGGCGGGGCCGACGCCGCGCGGCGCUCAGGUUCCACCCCCGGGAGCGCGGGGCGGAGCCAGGCCGGCGCCUAGGUUUCGCACCGCGGCGCCGGCUGCGAAGUUGAGCGAAAAGUUUAAGGCCGGAGGGAGCGAGGCCGGGGAGUUCGCUCCAGCGGGGCGCUCUAGUCCCUCAGACGUGGGCUGAGCUUGGGACGAGCUGCGUUUCGCCCCAGGCCCCUGUAGGGAACGGCAGUGGAGCCUCCCCAGCAAACCGGACCGACUGGGUAGGGCCGGCCACCCUCCCUUCGCGCCGCUCGUGGCUCCUGUGGGGCCCGCCCUCGCGGGGCCCCGGGGAACUGGGCCACUCGUCGCUUGGGCGAGAGCAGGCGGCAGCUGAUGGCCCGGGUCAGGCUCGGCACUCGGGCGACCCGAGAACGGCUCCUCCGAGCGCCGCGCGCGUCCCAAGGCCACGGCCCGCGCCGCGGCUCCCACCGCUCUGGAGCUCCGGGCAGGGGACGCGGCAUCCCGGCUGGCUGAAGCGGGGAUCCUCGCCCAGAACUUCGUGCCGGGCAAUGUCCACCCAAGUUCUGGGAUUUUUACGCAGCUGGGCUCCCCUCCCCCUGGCAGCAGUCCCGAGGGAUCCAGCCGCCGCAGGGAAUGACGCCGGUGCUCCCACAGCCCUGGCUCCAGGCGGGGAGGGCGAGCCCUACAGCCGGCCCUGCGACGCCCGCCUGGGCAGCACCGAUAAGGAGCUGAAGGCAGGAGCCACCGCCACGGGCAGCACCCGGACAGCGCCGGGGACCCCCUGGCAGCAGGAGCCGCGGGUUAUGGAUCCAGCGGGCGGCCCCCGGGGCCUGCUCCCGCGGCCGUGCCGCGUGCUGGUGCUGCUGAACCCGCGCGGGGGCAAGGGCAAGGCCCUGCAGCUCUUCCGGAGUCACGUGCAGCCCCUUCUGGCUGAGGCUGAAGUCUCCUUCACGCUGAUGCUCACUGAGCGGCGGAACCAUGCGCGGGAGCUGGUGCGGUCGGAGGAGCUGGGCCGCUGGGACGCUCUGGUGGUCAUGUCUGGAGACGGGCUGAUGCACGAGGUGGUGAACGGGCUCAUGGAGCGGCCUGACUGGGAGGCCGCCAUUCGGAAGCCCCUGUGCAGCCUCCCGGCAGGCUCUGGCAACGCGCUGGCAGCUUCCUUGAACCAUUAUGCUGGCUAUGAGCAGGUUACUAAUGAAGACCUCCUGACCAACUGCACGCUGCUGCUGUGCGGCCGGCUACUGUCGCCCAUGAACCUGCUGUCACUGCACACGGCUUCAGGGCUGCGCCUCUUCUCUGUGCUCAGCCUGGCCUGGGGCUUCAUUGCUGACGUGGACCUAGAGAGUGAGAAGUAUCGGCGCUUGGGGGAGAUGCGCUUCACUCUGGGCACCUUCCUGCGCCUGGCAGCCCUUCGAACCUACCACGGCCGACUGUCCUACCUCCCUGUAGGAAGAGCUGACGCCAAGACACCCGCCUCCCCCGUUGUGGUCCACCAGGGCCCGGUAGAUGCACACCUUGUGCCACUGGAGGAGCCAGUGCCCUCUCACUGGACAGUGGUGCCCGACCAGGACUUUGUGCUGGUGCUGGCACUGCUGCACUCGCACCUGGGCAGCGAGAUGUUUGCGGCACCCAUGGGCCGCUGUGCCGCUGGCGUCAUGCAUCUGUUCUACGUGCGGGCAGGCGUGUCUCGGGCUAUGCUGCUGCGCCUCUUCCUGGCCAUGGAGAAGGGCAGGCAUAUGGAGUAUGAAUGCCCCUACUUGGUAUAUGUGCCUGUGGUCGCCUUCCGCCUGGAGCCCAAGGAUGGGAGGGGUGUGUUUGCAGUGGACGGGGAACUGAUGGUCAGCGAGGCUGUGCAGGGCCAGGUGCACCCAAACUACUUCUGGAUGGUCAGUGGUUGUGUGGAGCCCCCGCCCAGCCAGAAGCCCCAGCAGACACCACCUCCAGAAGAGCCCUUAUGACCCCUGGGCCAUGCUGUGCCUUAGUGUCUACUUGUAGGACCCUUCCUCCUUUCUUAGGGCUGCAGGGCAUGGUCACAGCUCCUGUGGGGUGGAGGGGACUCCUCUGGAGAAGGGGAAGAAGGUGCAGGCUGUGCUUUGGGAGGACAGGCCAGAACAAGGUCCUGGGUCAGGAGCCCAGCUGGCUGGGCCCAGCUGCCUAUGUAAGGCCCUCCAAUUUGUUCUAAGACUGUCAUCCCAUGAGUCAAAUCCAAAUAAAGUGAUGUUCCCAGCCUG